UUGGUGAGUGUUUUUGGGAGGGUUUAAAAUUGGAAAUUCAUUGGAAAGUUUGUUGUUGCAAUUGGAAUAUGGAAUUUUGUACUUUUCGUAAGUACAAAUUACAAAAAUGUGUUUUUUUCGUGGAAAAAAAUCUGUAAAACGGGAAUAAAAUUAUUCGCGAUUAAAGUUUUGACAAUUAUGUGAAUUUUUGAGAAACAAAGUAUCGAGAAAUCAAUAAAUUGUCAAUUUUUGCUGUUUUAUGAAAUUAAUGAAACACGCGAAAUAAAAUUUGUUGUUUUUUCAAUCAAAACUCAGCCAUCACGGUACUUUUGACUUUACUGAUUCAUUUCUCUCGAAAGAGUUGAGACUAUAUUCAUAAAAUCCUCUGAGUUUCUGUAUUCGUUAAUUUUCACAAUCCUGCUUGAAAAAUAAAAUAGAAAACAUCACGUUGGAAAACAUUUAAGCGAAAGUUCUGCAAAUACAAAUCAAUAAUAAAAAACAUUCAGAACUACAUUUUUUAAAAUUGAAUUGAAUUUGCUAAUAUGUUUGAAGAUUUUUAUUGAAUUUCAACUAAAACUUUAAUCAAAAUUCAAUUUCUUGAAUACAAAUAUCUAGGAAAAUAGUCGGAAUUGUCUUAUGUGGGAAUUUUAAAUAAGAACUAUGGGUUUUCAUUUAUUUCUGGAAGUUUUCAAAUGAUUUUCAAGAUGACUUGAGAAUAGCUGAAGCUUUCCAAAUUCAAAACUCCUGAAUUCCUAAAGCUUGUUCUUCAAAGUAAAUAAUUUGAGUAGGAUUUGUAUGUUUUUCAAUCUACUGAUUUUUUUCAUAAUCAGAAUUCAUUGUCAGUAUUCUUUUCAAGCUAUAUGAAAAAAACGUUUUGCUUAUCAAAAUUUCUGAAAUUAUUGAAAAAUUUUUAAAGGAAAACAGAUUUGGUGCCUAUAAUUUCAGAAAUAAUUACGAGUGUUGAUUAAAAAAUUUUUUUGUGCUUCUACAAGAUUUUGAAGUCCAGAAAUGAAAGUGAUAGAUAUUUUCAAAGUUUUGCUGUCAUAUAUGUCUGUUUUUUUCAGACAGUUGAUUUUUUAAAUAAUUUUUGAAUACUUCUUAGAUCCAAUUGCUGUGUUCCUUCUGAAUUCCUGCUAUCAAAAAUUAUUCUGUAAUCAGAUAAAUUUAAGAUUAAUUGAAAAAAAUAUUUCCAUUAGUUAUAUAUUUGGUCAUUUUUUUUAUUUAAAAAUUUGAAAAAAUUAAAACUUUAUUAUAAAUUUUACCAAACAUCUUUUGAUAUCUUUUUUUCAACAAAUCUCUCUUGCACAUUUUUCAAAUCCCUAAUUUCUGGCCAAACGAAAAUUUCUAGCAAACGAUCUAUUGCGUAAUAACCUAUUUGUAUAGUACAAAAAUUACACCGCGCAUAAGUCAAUCAACCUUUUUUGGGGGCUCUUUUGACUGACAGGGUCAUUUGUAUACUUUUAUCGUAUCUUCCUAUCUUUUACUGUACGCCGACAGGAAAGAUAUGAACAAAAAUGAGAGCAAAAAAUUAUGAUGUUUCAAUAGAAAUCAAAUUCAAUUGCAACAACAAACUUUCUGAAAUUCCAAAACCCCUCAAAUACAUUCCAUUCCUGAGAUUUUUGAUUUAUUGUUGACCUUGUUUUUUCUUUUUUUUUUCCUCUUAUUCUAAUAUAGGUUUUGGUACAUUUGUACAUUCAAUUCCAAUCUAAAUGUAAAAAAAACUCUAGUUUUAUUAGAUCAACGAUAUGCAUAUAUUUUUUCAACAUCCCCCAAUUUUUGUCUCUCUAUUCAAAUAAAUAAUGUGUUGUAAUAUAAAAUAGAAGUCAAUUUGUGAAAGGGCAGGCACGGGGCAAGAUAGAGGCAAGAUAGAGACAUCAAAAACGCCAAAAGAGACUGCAGACGAAAAUACUUUGAUAGUGUUGAUAAAAAACACCACACAGUACUAUUAUACUGAUAAGCAUAUAUAUUGUAUUGUAUCGAUGAAAUGAAAUGAAUUGAAUUGAACAAAAUAAUAGUAGACAACGCUCCCUCUUUUCUUCUUUUUUGUUGCGAGAUAGAACGAAAAAUCUAUAUUAACAAUAUUAUUUUGAACAAAAAGGAGAAAAAAGAAAGUUGACAUUUCGGGCCGGUGAUUUGUAGACAAAUAAUACAAGGCGAGCACACAUUAUAUAUUUAUAAAUAUAUAUAUAUUUAUAAACUGAUCAUAAUGUAUCGAGUUGGGAUGAUAUACAAUCUCAAAUAUAGCAAAAGAGGGAAAGAAGAAGAAAUAGUAUAGUUGUUCAGCUGAUUUACUAGACAAUGAGUAAAUAAUUAUCGAGUGGUUGCUAAUUUGACAAUGAUUGAUUGGGGAUUAGGUUUCAUUUGAACUAGAAUGGAAUUGUCUAGGUUUUUUCUGUUCAAAAAAGUUUUUUUCCAAGUAGGAGAGUUCAAAAACUUUAAAAUUAAAUUAGGAAAUUUACAAAAAAAAUAAUCUACAAGACUAAUUUACCCGAGUUUCAGAGUUUUUAGAAUUAGAUUUCUUGAGAUCCAAAUUUGGACCGGUGAAUACUUUUUUAACUCUAGAGAACCGAUAAUGAAAUUAAAGAGCUUUUGGUUAUUUUUCUCAAGUCUCAUGACUUUCAGAAUAUAAAGGGUCAGAAUCUAAAUUUUAAAAUUUUGGAAAUUUUGCUAUAUUUUAAGAAUAUAUUUUUUAAGUUCAGAUUCUCCUUUGAGUACAAAGUUAGUACAGUCUAACACCAGUAGAAUCUGAAAAUUUCGAAUUUAUUUUAAAAAUAAUACCAAUUUGAAAGUCUUCUAAAGUGUAUCUCUCAAGUUUUUUGGUUGCAUUGUUUUAGUGUAGUCUAAAUGUUUGUUCUAACUCCGAGAACUUAUCAGUUGAAAAAUCCCAAACACUUUUUUCGAUUUUCAGAAUUUCACUUUAUGCUUCUACUUUUUUAAUAUAAAAUACUCUCAUUUUGAUCUCUGCUAUCCUUUGAUUUUCCGUUGUUGAGCCUUUGAUUUCUAAAAAAAAUUGUACGAUUUCCAAUCAAUCGAAUAGUUUUUUGUUCAAUUCUCUUUUCUGCUUGCCAACACACCACAAUGCAAUAUAAUAUAAUAUAAUCUAUAUUAUAUUAUAUAUUAUUAAUAAUAAAAAAAUCAUAUAUAUUGCGGUUUGAAACGCCCCCAUCAAUUGAAUGAAUACACAUAAAAUAGGAGGUCAUAGACGUGUAGAGAUACUGUACACUUAAUAGAAACUCUGGAUGUCUAACUUAUGGCCGGACAGUAUAGCGCGUUGAUAGGUAGAUAGAACACAGGGGGAGGAGAAGGAGAUAAGGCUCCGCCCAUUUUGCGACGACCCGACAAAAUGCUCCCAUUUGCCUCGCUCUCAUAGUUUGCUGAAUCGUCCCAACAGGCGGUGGCUCUUCUCCUCUUCUCUCCCUGCUUGCUUGCUGAUAUAUAUUAUAGUAGUAUUAUAAUAUUAUUCUCUCAUAUAUAUUCAUCAGUUGGUUAUGUUGGCAAUGGGUUUUCACCGUGAUCAGCAGAGAGUUAGCCAUUUUUCUGAGAUCAUUGUGAAAGCCAAUUGCCUUGAAUAGCCAAGUUUUCUUCGAAAAUUUGUUGAAAUUUACAAACGUAAGUUAUUUUUUAGCGAGCAAAAAUGGCUGAAUCGGCAACACAAACAUCACAAUCACAACCACAACCACAACCAUCAUCAACACAGGAACAAGAACCUGUCAAAAAAAUGAAAUCACUUCGGACAGCCAUCAAUAACCUGAAUGACAAUUUCAUUGGAUAUUCUAGAGUUUGGUCGACGAGUUUGGAUAAGCUCUCGAAAUCAAUGAGAGAUUAUGAGACACAAUUAAUAAAAGAAAAUGAUUGUGGAACACUGUCUGUUACCGCACAAAUUAUAUUAGAACAGUCUGCUGAUCGCGCAACAAAAUUGACAGAUGAAUAUAUGCGCCAACACAAGAAUUUGCAUAAUGGUGUCUCAAAAAUUGGCAAAAUUGUUGAUCGUCAAUUUUCCAAAAACAUUGGCUCGUUUUUUGUGCGUGAAAAAGAUUUGAUACGUGAGCCGGCAAAUCAACACGAUGCGUGCUCAUUGAUAUAUGAUUUUUUGAUGUCUGAAGGAUGUAUUGAUGUUGCCGAAACGCUGAAAAAGGUAAGAAGAUCGCGGAGGGGAAUUGGGAGAAGAUAAACAUCUUUUGGUGGGGGGAGGAUAGGAAGAAGAUUUUAUCGAAUGAUUAUCGACAAGAAAUUUAUGAGAGGGAGUGUGUUUUUAAGCGUCUUAAUGAGAACGAUCGAGCGAGAAUUUAUGGGUGACAUUGAGAAGAAUGGAUCAUUACUAUGAAUUGGUUUUCACUAAUGAUUUUAGGUGUUUGAAAAAACAAUUUUGAAUGAGGAUUUCUGGGUCUAGAUUUUCAGAUAUAUGUUUCAGACUGUGAAUUUAUGGGUGAUGAUGGGUGUCUUGAAGUAGUUAGAGAAUCAUUCUGAAGUUUGGGAUGAUAAACUUCAAAAUUCUAGAUUUGGUUGAAAGUUUCUGAUUCAGGUUUUAAAUUUUCAGAGAUAGACUUUCAGAGAUAGAGGGAUCAGAUCUUAUGAAAAGCACAUUAAGGUUAAUGAGGCGUUGUGUUAAGAUUUUUUCUGGAAUUUUGGCUGGACGUGCUGGAUUCUAGAUUGGAUUGAUAGUUUCUGAUUCAGAUCUAUCACGUUUUUCAGAAGCAGAGUUUCAGAUGUUCAAGUCCAUUACUGAUUGUUAAUGAGGUGAACAAAUUCCAAAUUAAUUUCGGAGUUCGCUCUAAAAGUUUUCAAAUCACAAAUAUACCACAUAGGACCACAAGCAAUUCCCGAUAUGGUAAAAUUCUGAAUUUCCGCUUUACCUCUAGGCUUGAGGCUCGAGUCUUGAUUCAUACAUAAACUCAGUUCCGAACUAGAGAGAUAGAUUUUUGAUGACUCAUUCUUGAAACGUCACUUAACAUUUUUAAUCUGUGUUUUACAAGCAAAACCAAUGGUUUACCAUACAAACAAUGACUCAUAGAACUCUGAAACGUCAUCACUUUGUUUCCGGAAUUUUCAGAUCCCCAAUAUUUCUCGAAAAUUCACAAGAUUAUUGUUCAAUGUUCCAGUCUCCAAAUUGAUUGUGUCAGAUGUUUUUCUUUUUCUUAACACAUCCGACAAUUUUUCCUCUCCUCAUUUUCUUCUUCAUCUUCUUCCUCUCAUCAUGACCCCAUCAAUAUGUUGCAAUCAGCCAGCCGACAACAAUAUUUGUUCUGUUCUAGAUGACUCAGAAAAGCAAACCAAAGCAAUAUUAAUGUUCGUCACCAAUCUACAGUACCUCUACAGUAGUAAUUAAUAUAUAUAUAUACAUAUAAAUGUGUAUGUGUGUGUGUGUAUUUAUGUGCGUAGGCUUAGCCUGCAAGGUAUUAAAAAGCGGCAAAUUGCUUUUUCUUUUUGUUGUUGUUGUUCAACCGUUAUUUGUACAGUGUACAUAUAGUAGUCGUUAGCCGAUCAUCGUUUUUUCUCCCUCCUUUUUUUUUUUGCUAUUCCCGUUUGGAACCUCGAAGGUUAUUGUUAUCGAUUGGAUGUGAUUUGGGGCGAACGGACGGACGGACGACAAGCAAGCAAGCAGCGAAAAAAAGAAGGGGAAAAACUAAAACAGGCACAAAUCGUGUGUCCUGGCACCGAAAAACGAACGAACAUCGAAGAGACGCAAACAUUUUCUCUCUCUCGAUUUUUUUUUCAACAUUCGAAAAAUGAGAGAGAAAGAAUUGUGGCCUUUGAUAAAUUUUUUCUUGCUGUCGCUUUAGGGUUUUGUCUUGUUCAGUUUUAUCGGUUGGUUAGACAGAACAAAUGAAUUUGAUAUAAUGGGUUGAGGUUAUACUGAUUUGAAAGAAAGUGAUGGUGAUUAAUGAAAUUGGAUUUGGAAAAAAAAGGGAAGGGGAAGUGGAAUUGGAAUUGAGAUUGGGAUUGGAAAUGGAAAUGAGACUGGAAUGUCAUUGAAACUAUACAGGAUCUGGAAAAUAGAAACAAUGUAAUGGAAAAAAACCUAGCUUUUUAAUUAGAAAAAGCGGCAAACCACCAGGAAUUAAGUUAGGCUAUAUUGGGAAUGAUAAAACUACAGUAGGAAGAAUGAAGUUCCAAAACAUUCCAGAAUCACAUUUAGCCCGUACAAAUUUGAAUAGGCUUGUUCAGGGAAAGUUCUUCUAAGGUUUCAAAGUUCCAAAAAUACCCUACCCAACUUGAAAUUUUGCAAAAUCAGAAACCUUCUAAAAUCCCCAAAAUUCCAUACGUUUUUUUCCAGGAAGCCAAACUUGACGCCAAAGAAACAAUAGAUAAUCGUGAAGCAAUCACCAAAAUUCUAACCGAUAUUCAACGUCACGAUGUUCGAGCUGCACUUGUAUAUUUGUCCGAAGUCGCUCCUCACGAAGCUCGUCUCAGAUAUGAUCUACAAAAACAGAGUACUCUUCAACUUGUCGUUAAUGGUAAGUUUUGUUUUUCACUGAUUGAGUAUUUUUUUGAUUGCGUAACUCCUCAAAAAGGUUCUCAAGGUUAUAAUCAACGAACAAAAAGUGCAGCAUAAUCUUCUAUAUUCAAUAGAAGAGGGGAGAAUGAAUAAUUCAAAAAUAUGUACAUUUUUAAUCGUUCACAAUAAUCUGCUGACCUUGUCAUUGACACCUUUUUUUCCACAUCAAACGAACACUCACAACAUUAGCUAGGAAAAAAUUGACAUGAAUUUAUACGAACUCUUUGGAUGUUUGAUCACGUAUCCGAGACAAAACGCCCCGUUUUUGUAUGAUUGUGGGUUGUGUGUGUGCGUAUUUUCCUGGUCAUGAUAAUGUCAUGUUGAUUUGUUGAUAAGAAUGGAUUUUGAACCUGUCAAAUUGACUAUGAUAAGUUUGAUGAUGCUGUCAUUCAGAUUGAUAUCAGGCGAUUUGAAUUCGAGAAAUAAUGAGAUUGAUAAAAAGAGGAACUUGAAUAUGUUGACAUUUUGGGAAGUUAAUAAUCAACAAUAUCUGAAUGAUUUGAAUUCUACUGAUCGUGAAAACAGAAUUGAAACUAAAUUUGAUAUCGGACAAUCUGUCUAAAAACUCUAGUCGGAAAUAAAGACUUUGCUGUUAAUUUUAAUAUAACCAUAUUUCAGAAAUUUGGAUUUUUUUGUUGAAAAUCAACAGAAUUUAGAUGAUUUUAAAUCUCACUGACUUUGAGUCUGAAAAUAUUGUUUCACGACUUUAACUCUGAAAAAAUAUAUAGGUCAUCUGAAAGUUGGAACUUAAUGUAACUGUAACUCUUCAGCAAAAAAGUCACCUUGGAACAAACUAUUUUACUUCCCAGAUAGACAUUUUGGAAAUCUAUCUUUAAAAAACUACAGUACCCUUCUAUUCGAUUUGAACUACCAAUUUUUAUGGGAAAUUUGAAAAUUUUAUUUCACAGAUUUCCCGAAUUUUAAUAGAAACAAUUACCUAUUGCUCAUAUUAUACUACAAAUUCCUCUUUAGAUUCUAACGAAACGAUGUUCUAAAAAUCUUGAGACUAGAAACUUUCUUGAUAACAAUUUUGAAACUCUGACUAAAAAAACUACAGUACCCUCCGUUUUCAAUUUCCAUUCAAUAAUUUUUUGAUAAUAUAAAUAAAUAUAUAUACAUUUUCGAUGACAAAAAAAAGUGUGUGAUUCUGAUUCAUAAUAAAAAUUGUAUAACAAUAAAAAAUAAUUUCGUAUACAUUAUUGCCCCAAUAUAUUUUGUGUCGAUAUUUGCUAUCGAUUUUUGCAAAAGGGCCCCAGGAGCAAGCAAUAUGUGUGUGUCUAUGAGAGUGUGUGAUGCGAUGUGACCCUUUGGCCUCUUUAUGCCUCUUUUCUCCGUUUAAAAGUAUAUGUGUGUGUGCAUCUAUCGCGAUGUUGUGUGUGUGUGUGUUCAACUGUAGGGGAGAAAAAAAAACGAGAAGGGAAAAGAGAGGCCAAACAGUUGCGUGCUCCUGCCCUCCUGCCUUCUCUCGUUUUCAAAAUCGAUCAAAACUAAUCAUUGGGCUUGAUUUUUUUGCAGGAAAAGAAAAGGAGGCGCUGAAAUCGUUGAAAGACUUGCGGUUUUUGGGAAAUGAUAGUGAGACACCACGAAUGAUGGGAGCUGUGCUCCGCGGAUCGGCCGCUUUAGGUGAUCCAAGAUAUCGUGAUAUGUUUGAUGAGAAGAUUUGGGAUUCAUUGGUGCAACGGAUGGCUGAUGUAAUGGCACCAACAAGAAGUGUCAUGUCCGAACUGUAGGGUUUUCAGGGAGAAUUUUUUGAAUGGAAGGAAACAAUUUAUGAAAAAAAUACAAAAUUUUAUUCUGAUAUCUAAAUUUUUCCAGUAUUGAAUCGGGUCGUCAAGCAGUAUCUGUACUUUCCGGGCUCCAGAAAACGUUCUGCAAAACCAAUCUAAUGAUCGAGGAAGAACUGCCAGUUGAAAUCAAAGUCAAACGUCAAAUCCAUUCAACAUUCACUUGUCCAAUUCUCAAAGAGCAAAGUUCGCAACGGAAUCCACCAAUGAAAUUGUUAUGCGGUCAUGUCAUUUCUCGCGAUGCAAUGCAACGCUUAUCAGCCAACCGGUUAAUCAGCACACGCGCCACUUUACCAAGGUUAGUUGGUUUCAGAAUUUUUACUUACCACGAAUCCUGGGUUUGAGAAAAUAAAUACAUUCCAACAACUAGCUUUCACGAUGAUCUCAGAACCGAAACUCACACAUCUCAGAUCAAGGUGAAAACCGAUUGCUGGAAGUAUUUGUGUGAAGGUAUGUGUCCUGUAUUAUAGUACUGGAUAGAAUAAUAGAAAGUGGAGAGCGGAGAGGAGAGGAGGACAAGCCAACCAACCAAGUGAGUAUGUAUGUCGAAUGAAUUCCUUCUUCUCUUUUCUCCUCCUCCUCUCCCGAAUGGGCGGAGCUUUUGUUGGGUGUCCCGCGAUUGCGUAUUCGAACGAUGAAGAAGAAGAAGAUGGAGAAAAAGGAGAUGGAAAAGAACGAAAAAAAGAAGAAAAGACGGGGCAAUCGAUCGAUCAAUCAGAUUUGUUUGAGAGAGAGAAAAGGGGCGAAAGGCAACGUCUCUUGGUUUACAAUUCUAUCUCGAUGCUGCUAUGGCCCCGCUCGCGCGCGCGCGUACGAACCGGAGGGCUCUUAGGGACACAAGGAAUAGAGAGUGUACCUUUAGAGACGGAAUAUAAUGAAAACGAAUAAUAUAUAUUUGUAUAUAUAUAUAUAGAUAUAUAUAUUUAUGAAAUGUUGACCUUUGUUCUAUUUUUGCAGACAAACGCGACUCAAGUGCCCAUACUGCCCAAAGGAACAAAGUUAUGAUGCGGCGAAACAAGUGCUCUUCUCGCAUGUACAUUGA